GGCGUGCAGUGCGUGGCGCAUGCGUCCUGCGGCUGCCUGGGGACGAGGCUGCUGGCGGGCCGCGGCGAAACAUGGAGCAGGGUUACGGAGGCUACGGGGCCUGGAGUGCUGGAACUGCCAACGCCCAGGGUGCCUAUGGAACUGGUGUGGCCAGCUGGCAAGGUUAUGAAAACUAUAACUACUAUGGUGCCCAAAACACCAGCGUUACCACAGGAGCAAGCUACAGCUAUGGCCCAACUUCCUGGGAAACCAAGGCCAGCGACAGCCUUGCAGCCGGGGGCCCUCCCGUGCACAUGAGUUCUUACGGCCCGGAAUCCUGCAGUGACAACUCUGACUCCCUCAUCGCCAAGAUCAACCAGCGCUUAGACAUGAUGUCUAAGGAAGGAAGCAGGGGUGGGAGUGGCAGUGGGGCAGGCGUGCAGGACCGUGACGACUCUUUUCGCUUCCAGUCCUAUGAGUCAUAUGAGUCCAGGCCCUGUCUGCCCGAGCAUGCUCCUUACCGCCCCGGCUACAACUAUGACUUUGACUUCAGCCUGGGGCCUGACCGUAACGGCGGCUUCAGUGGUCAGUACGGCGAAUGCCGAGACUCCAUGCGAGAGCGUGGCUCCUUCGAUGGCUACAUUCGGGGCCGGGGGCAGGGCCAGAACCGCUUCCAGGACCGCAGCAACACCGGCACCUUCAUGCGCAGUGAUCCCUUUGUGCCCUCGGCGGCUCCCUCAGAGCCUCUCUCUGCUCACUGGACGGAGCUAAACUACGUGGGGGCCCGUGGCCCAGGAGGCCCAUCUCCCAGCAGGCCACCACCUUCCCUCUUCGCACAGUCCGUGGCCCCUGACUUCAGCAUGAUGGGUGUGCAGGGGGCAGGCGGCUUUGACAGCCCCGUGCCCUAUGGAUGUGGCCGUUCUCAGGCGCGGAUGAGGGAUCGGCCCAGGAGGAGGGGGUUUGAGCGCUUCGGCCCGGACAACAUGGGCAGGAAGCGGAAACAGCUGCAGAUGUAUGAAGAGCGGGACGCCAAACAGGCACGAGCUGACAGCGAUGGAGAUUUCUCUGAAAACGAUGAUGGAGCGGCUGACUUUCGUUCAGGAGAUGAAGAAUUCCGGGGCGAGGAGGAACCCUUUGGCUCCAUAAAGCAGAGAGGAGAGAAGGAAGAUGAGGAUGAUGAACUGAAGAGGAGAAGAGAAAAGCAAAGAAGGCGAGACAGGAUGCGAGACCGAGCAGCUGACAGAAUUCAGUUUGCCUGUUCUGUGUGCAAGUUUCGUAGCUUUGAAGAUGAAGAAAUUCAGGAUCAUCUCCAAAGCAAAUUCCACAAAGAGACACUGCGGUUUAUAAGUACCAAACUGCCUGACAAGACAGUAGAGUUCCUCCAGGAAUACAUUGUAAACAGGAAUAAAAAGAUUGAGAAGCGGCGUCAGGAAUUGAUGGAAAAGGAAAGCGUAAAACCAAAAUCAGAUCCUUUCAAAGGGAUCGGCCAGGAGCAUUUCUUCAAGAAGAUCGAGGCUGCUCAUUGCCUGGCUUGUGACAUGCUGAUCCCUGCACAGCCUCAGCUUCUCCAGCGUCACCUGCACUCCUCGGACCACAACCACAACCGCCGGUUGGCUGCUGAACAGUUCAAGAAAGCAAGCUUGCAUGUGGCUAAGAGUGUUUUGAACAACAGACAUAUCGUGAAAAUGCUGGAAAAAUACCUCAAGGGUGAAGACCCUUUCACCAAUGAAAGCGCUGAUCCAGAAAUUGAAGAUGAGACCUUAGUGGGUGAAGAGGAAAAGGAAGAGACAGCUGAGGAGGUAGCCGCAGAAGUAUUAGCUGAGGUGAUCACGGCUGCAGUGAGAGCAGUAGAGGGGAAGGCAUCACCCUCUCCAGAACAGAGUGAAGUCAAGGCUGAAGAGGAAAGUCCCACAGGCACAGCAGAAGCCAGGAGUGAUCCCCCUCUAGAAGAGCCACAAGAAGCAGACACGUCUUACAGGGCACCCACAGAAGAGGAGGGUGACACUGAGGCAGAGGCUGCACAGCUCAGAGGUGAAGCAGAAACUCCAGUUACAGAGGGAGAAAACACAGAAGCAGUUGCCACUCUUGCAUCAUCCCCAGCAGAAGCUGCUGUAGAAGGAAUGGGUGAAGAGUCCAAAGAUGGCAUUUCUGCAGAAUGAGCCUCUCCCUCUUCGGGGUAUAUUGUAUGUGAAGCAUUGCGCUCUUUGGUGUUGUAAGGCACUGCUUAGGGUGUGUUAAUGGAAUAGGCAGAAAACCUACCUUGCUGGCGAGACCCAACCACUUCCUUCAGAAACAGAGGAUUCUGCCAUGAUUUGAAGGCUACAGAAGUUGUACAUUCCCCCAAGCAGCUGUGAGGUUUUGCCAGUUAGUCUGCUAUUGGAUUAGUCUGCUAUUGGAACAAUAAAAGUUAGGUAAUUAAAUUUUGAUGAUACUUCUGCCUGUUUAACUAGUCACUGGUGGCAUGCCUACCCGUACCACACCUCUUUUUUAUUUUUUUUUUUUGGCAAGUUCCAAGAAUGUGCCCUGCCUCCUAUUUUUGAUCUGUGCUUUGGUAGUGCACAUGUAGAUUAUGAUCCUCUCUAGAUGGCAUAAAACCUCAUUUCCAUGGUGUUGGCUCUGGCUGGGAAGCAAUUUCCUGCACCAGGAAGCAUAGCCACCUGCCUUUCAAGAAUGAGGAAACUGCCUUAGCGCACUCUCCCAGUCCUACAUUGCUGAAUUCCCCUUUAAAUCCUUUUAUUAUAAGCUUCAUUUAUGUUCGGCUCUGCAUUGCUUAAGGUUUUUUCCUUUGAGUUAUUUCCAUCUAAAUAUCUUUAUAAAAAGAAAACUUGAUGCCACUCCCAUGAAUGGAACACUGAUGUAUAUUGCCAUAGAAGGACCCGAUCUAUAAAAAUGCAAUAUAAUGAAAUGAAUAUUUCAUUUUAGUAAGUACUGUUUAUUUGGAGGUUUCUUAAUCUGAGAGGAAAUUUAGUCACAGUUCUACUUUUGUAUAAUCAAAAGAAUUAGAGAAAUCUUCCUUUUGAAACAUUGUUGGGUCAGGUUCCCUGUAAGUCUGUGAACUCAUAUUUUGGGAAGCACUGGCCAGUGGGAAAUGGAAAAAAAAGUAAAGUAUUUGUGAUGGGCAUCUCUGUACCAGGUGCUAAUUCAUGAUCAAAAUUCAGAAUAAGAUACGGGCACUACUCUCAGGUAGCCAUAUUGGAGAUACAAGAUUAGUAUCUAUGAAAAAUGCAAAUAACCGAACUAAAAUAAAACUGUUCAAGAAA